UUCUUUUUCUUUGACUGUGUCCGUGAUUGAUUAUUUUGGGAAUCCCAGUAACUAUUUCUGUUGCAAAUUUACAUUUCCUCAAUUUGUAUGGAGAAAUGAGUUUCAUACAUAAAUGCGAAUAUAAGAACUUGCGAAUCAGUUAACAAUCGAGCUUCAUAAGAAACUUUAUUGACUUGAAAAUAUUAUUUUCAAAGUUUUACUUUGUUUUUACGAUGGCUAAAUUCCUGGUUUUUUUACUUUUGAUCGCAACUGCAGUCGCUGUAUUUUCUGCACCUGUUGAAGAAGAACAAAUUCAGCAAGAGCCAGAAAAGCACCUUCGUUUUCGACGGGUUACCUGUGAUGUUCUCAAUAGAUCAAAUCCAGGUCACACAUUUUGUGCGCUCCACUGCCUAACCCAGGGAUGCACACGAGGCUGGUGUGAGAAUGACGUCUGUCAUUGCCGUCGUUAGUUGGGUCAUCAAAAUGAUGUCGACACAGAAUACUCGGUGGCAAAAAUUGGCAAAUAGCAUUAAAUGGAUAACCUAUAUAUCUGUAACCGUUUUGAAAAAAAUAUUCUAAAUUCUAAUAUAAUUUUAAGAUAAAAUUUUA